AUGGGUGAUUAUAAUAGAUCGCUGAAGGAGAUUGUCAAUGCCGAGCUUCAGCGGGAAUUAGUGGUACUCGAGGAUCAAGAGGGUGGUGUUAACUGCAAAUUUGGUGUCAUUUAUGCGCUUAAAACACAACACUCUGAUAUGCAAAUGUUCUCGAACGAGCAUGGUGAUGAAAAUUUCGAGAGGUUUAUCAAACUGCUCGGGCAACGUAUCGAACUGCAAAACUGGGGAAGCUAUCGAGGAGGCCUAGAUACGUUCUGUACGUCAUAA